CGCUCCUGCUCCCUACAUACACACCACGAUGCCUCAGUGCGCCGUCUCGACAUGUAACAAUUCACACAGGAAAACGAAAAAAGAUGGCAUCCCUGAAAAUCCUGAUGAUAGGAUUAGUUAUCAUCGUUUCCCACAAGACCCCAGGGUAAGGGGACACUGGAUCAAAGCAUGUGGCCGCGAUUUCAACGACGAAACCUCGCGGAUCUGUUCCAAACAUUUUGAUCGUCGAUAUUAUGUGAUCAUUCCGCGAGCCAACUCUUCUCCAGGGAACAAAGAAAUUCCCAAUCGUCGACUUCUGAGAGGCUGCACUCCAACCCUGUCCUGCCCGUUCGUAGUGCCCUCUCUUGUUGAAGAGGCCAAAUCAUGGGGCCCACCGCAACGCGCAGCGCCACGCAGCGGUGAUGACGGGAAGGUUGGCUUCAAGUCGGGGCUCAAGAAGACGGUUGGCGCGAACUCGCCUCUUGUUACGCUGCCUCUGACUAGCCCCGAUGCCGCCUCAAUCUCUUCAGUGGCCAGCUCCGACGCUUCUACCGUGUCGCAGGAAGAAUUCUGCGGGGCUCUGGGCCUCACACGGAAUUUCCUGCCUGCGCCAGGGGUAGCGCCGCACAGCCCCUUCUUCAACGGGCCGCACGUAAUGCAGGGAGUGAGCCCGUUAAAUCAGGCGGCGCAACCGCCUGCACAGGAAGAGAGCGAGGAGGCCGCGGAGGAGGCCGCCCCCCAGCAGCAACUCGAAGGUGGAGAACGCUGCGACUCCAUCAUCAGCGAGGAGACCGUCGCGAGGACCGCAGCUGCUCUCGUGCACGUUGAGUUCGACGAGGGAGCCAAGCCCCUCGAGUUCACCGCUGCUGGCCACAUAUCGCCGCCAGCCGAAGCUGGUUCAAGCGGUGGUGGAUCCGACGAGGAGGACGCGGCCCCCAGGAUGAAGCCGUCAUCCCGCCUGAAGCGCACCCACAGGCAGAGCAGUUCCGAGAGUGAUGCCAAACUCUCUCGCCUGAGCAACGGCGAAACCCUCACGGACAGUCGGGAACGGCAGAUCAAUGCCAUCCUCGACAAAGCUCGAUCUCCGGAAGAGAUCAACCGGCUGAUCGAAAACACCAGUCGGGAGGUGGAGAGCCUCACGCAGGUGAUCUCCUGCAAGCUGGCUGAGCUGUACAGCUACAUCAGCCAGAAGAGCUUGAAGAGCGAGCUCUUGGACAAGGCACACGUCCGUCGUUUGAUCCCACUGUCCAUGAAGCCGCGAGCAAAUGGCCUGCAGGAACAACUGCCCAUCGGUGAGGGACGGCAAGGACCCAUCAUCAAAGCGUCCCAUAUCAUCGCUACUCAUAGGCGAAACAAUCCAGAUGAAAUCCCACGUCAGGGGCGCAGGAUGCCACGCCGAGAACAGAGCAGCACCACCACCAGUGCCAACAGCAGCACCAUCGCCCUGCCAACGAUGGAUCCUAACACGAACUUCCAGAACAUUCUGCAAGGAAUUGCUAUCCAGAGCCGCAUUGACAACAGAAUGCAAUCAACCUGCGGGCCCAUGUCCAGCCAAGCGAGUCGCAGGCUACACAGCUACCCUGACGUGACCUUGCACCAACUGCCGCAACAGGUCAAUCCCGCCACCACUCCCAUGCUGCAGAAGAUCUUGACCAAAACGCCUGGCAACACCGUCCUGGCCAACAACAACUCGCCCACCUUGAUGCAGUUGUUGACUGAGCCCAAGAAGCCAGGCCACCAGGGCGACCGGCUGAGUGACAUGCCCAUCCCCAACCUAGCGGCUGACCACAACGUCUCCAUCACCGAUCUACUUGGCUCCUCAAAGGCCCACAGUGAGCUCACCAUCACUGUCACAAACCCCACAACAGAACUCUCCAAGAAGCAGGGAACAUCUCAAAGAACUGUGGAGAGGCUGUGUGGUGACUUUGACAGUGACCAUCUAGUUAUUGACGAUCCAACGGCGAGUGAGCCAUGGAGGUCAGAUGGCAAGGUGGAGAUGUGCAUGAGGUGCGAUGAAAAACCGGCUAAGUUUGAGUGCGGUAACUGUCGCCAAGGACGCUACUGCAGCCGACAAUGCCAAAAAGAUGACUGGGAAAGACAUGAACUUCAAUGCGUGCCCAAGAAGACCCCCAAGACCUCUUCAAAUACGCCGUCGUCAAAGGCUGCUUGAUCUCUUUACACUCUGAAAACUUCGCUCAAAACUCAUUUGGUGCCAGUGUGACCCCACCUAAAAAUUAAGCUUCGGAACUUUUUAAAACGACCAUUUGAGUGGUUAAGCACCUUCACUAGUUCGACGUCUUCUCAAUUAGGAGUAUUUUUGUGUAUUGGUUCACUUUGUGUAAAUUUUUUUACCUAAUUUUGUCUCUUUACACAUAUUCAUUGUGAAAAAGCGCUCAUGAACCGAGAUUAAAUAUGGUGACACACCCAAAUAUAUUUUUUUCGGCAAUAAAUUUUGCCAGAUUAAAAACGCGGACAUUUUUUUUCUCUCUUGAACGUGCAAUCCCAAAUGGAAAUGGUCUAAUCAACUAAAAAUUUUGUAAAUUAUAUCCAGACCUUUUUCCCAGUUGACAAGAUGUCCGCUUUUUUGUUACCCAUGUAUCAAGUUCCUAUGUAAAUAUUUUUCUUAUUAGUUAGUUUAACGGAAUGUAGAUUAGGUUUGACGCUCGCGACUGAAUGGUUCCAGCAACAUGGCAUGAACUUACAUUAUAUACUUUUCUCCAAUUUUUUUAUUUCUUUUUUAAAAUUUAAGCAGUUUGAAAUGCCAUUAUUUGCUGCUAGGACCGAGUGCUCAUAAUUGAAUCUAACUGCAACAACGCCACUCUUGUUGUCGCUUUUCGUUUCGAAUAUAUUUCGUAUAUCAGGAUCUCAGUUUUGUAAUUAGGUUGAUGUAAUGGAGACAGAGACUCACAGGUUUAUAAUUACUUGUCUCGACUUCUUGAGAACAUUUUUGAGUGGCGUUUUUUAUAGUUUUCGUUUCGUGAAAAUCACUUAUUUACGGCACCAAGACGUAUUAUACAUUGAAAAAGCCGGUUUUGAUUUUCACAUUUUUGUGAAUUUAAAGAUCUAGUGACGACUUUCAUAUUAUUGUUACAUCUCUAAUUUACAAUCAUUUUAAAAAUAGUUUUAAUUAGACUGUAAAUCUUCCUGGUCACGGUGGCAAAAUCUGCUUCAACAAAUUUUUCGCUGUUGAAUUCAACCUUUUCUUGCAACAAGGAAAUUCGCGAUUGUUUGUUGAAAGUUAGUUGCACAAUUUUACCGGGACCAGGGGAAAUUAAAGAGGAAUGAUACUGGAAAAGCCAAAAGCCUGGAAAAUGCUUGUUGUCUAUGCAUAAACUCGUCUCUUAGGAUUCAGUUAAAGCCUAAAUU